AUGAAAUAUGAUUUCAUUGAUGGUUCUAUUAUGGUUCCUACAGAUCAAUUCGAUCCAACAUUUUGUGCUUGGAGGCGUUGCAAUAUGCUCGUGCACUCAUGGAUCAUGAAUUUUAUCGUUGAAUCAAUUGGUCAAUCCAUUGUAUUUAUGGAAAAUGCGGUUUAUGUUUGGAAUGAUUUGAAAGAACACUUCUCUCAAGGUGAUUUAGUUCAUGUAUCAAAAUUGCAACAAGAAAUUUAUGCUCUCAAGCCAGAGCAUCGAAUGGUAACAAAAAAAUUCUCUGAUCUUAAGAUUUUGCGGGAAGAACUAGAAAUGUAUAUGUCAAUACCUACAUGUACUUGUUGUAUCCUUUGUUCUUGGGAAGUUAUGCGUACCACUAGAUAUAAUCAUAAUUUACUCUAUGCAAUUCGUUUUUUGACCGGUCUUAAUGAAGAAUUCAGUGUUGUUAAGUCACAAAUUUUGCUAUUAGAUCAUUUACCUAGCUUGAAUAAAAUUUUCUCAAUGGUUAUUCAGCAUGAACGUCAAAUUGUUCAUCAUGUUUCAGUUAGUGAUGACUCUAAAAUCCUUGUUAAUGCUGCUGAAAAUAGGAGAUCAAGUUUUAGAAAUAAUAAGACUGGUUUUAAAUCUGGACAGAGAGUUUGUACUUUUUGUGACAAAUUAGGUCAUACUGUUGAUACUUGUUAUCGCAAGCAUGGAGUUCCACCUCAUUUACAAAAGAAAAGUUCAAAUUAUGCAGCUCAUAAUGCUGCUGUAGAAAGUUUUGCAUCGCCAGACCUCACACAUGAGUAG